AUGACGAGUCGAGUGCCGCGGCUCGCGACGAGCUUGGCCGCGAGAAGCUCGCAUGCGCCUCUCCCGCGGUGCCACUGCUCGAGCUCACGAACAGACAUCACAACUUUACAUCACCCUUCGCGCCGGCGAAACCAAUCGUCUUGGGCUGCCGCCGUUACUGCUGCACAGCAUGUUUUCAGUCCACCUCCGCCAGAUCCAAAAGCACCCAUAUCAGUGGACCCGUUUCAGACAGUUGCAAAAGAGUUAAAGUUUUUGACGGGGAACAUAAGACAAUUGCUCGGGUCUGGACACCCGACACUGGAUACCGUUGCGAAGUACUACACGCAGAGUGAGGGAAAGUAUGUGCGGCCGACGCUGGUCUUGCUCAUGAGCAGAGCAACAGCCUUGACGCCAAAAAUGUCGAGGGAAAGCAGUCCGCUCUCCGUCAACAGACCCAUCACCAGCCCAAGCGUGCUCUCAGAUGAAAACCCGUCCGCGCCAGACGCAGAGUACCCCAGUGUAUCCUCGUUUGCGAACGACGCCGCCUAUCGAACAGAAGACUCAGAAAUUCUACCGUCGCAGCGCCGCCUAGCCGAAAUCACCGAGCUCAUUCACACCUCAUCUCUCCUCCACGACGACGUAAUAGACCAUUCGGUAUCGCGCCGCUCUGCGCCUUCCGCAAAUAUCGAAUUCGGCAAUAAGAUGGCAGUCCUCGCGGGAGAUUUCCUCUUAGGCAGGGCAUCCGUAGCUCUUGCGCGCCUCCGCGACCCCGAAGUCACCGAGCUCCUCGCAAGCGUCAUCGCCAACCUCGUCGAAGGCGAAUUCAUGCAGCUCAAGAACACGGCAUCCGAUGAGCGCAACCCCGUAUGGACCGAAAACGCACUCACCUACUAUCUCCAAAAGACGUACCUCAAGUCCGCAUCGCUCAUUUCGAAAUCCUGCCGCGCGGCUGCGAUUUUGGGAGGAAGCUCGCAAGAUGUCGUCGAGGCGUCGUAUCAGUACGGAAAGAACAUUGGUCUGGCGUUCCAGCUCGUGGACGAUAUGCUGGAUUAUACUAUUAGUGGAGAGGAGCUGGGGAAACCUGCGGGUGCGGACUUGGAGUUGGGGCUUGCGACUGCGCCGUUGUUGUUCGCAUGGAAGGAUAAUAAGAGCUUGGGAAAGCUUGUGGGUAGGAAGUUCUCCGAGGCUGGUGACGUGCAGAAGGCACGCGAUAUUGUUUCCAGUAGCUCAGGCCUGGAACAAACACGCGCUCUAGCGCAGGAAUACGUCGACAAGGCUAUCGAGUCAAUAGCGUUCUUCCCCGAUAGCGAUGCGAAGGACGGACUGAUCGAGAUGUGUACCAAGGUCAUGAAGAGGAGGAAAUAA